GCCGAUGGAUUUAAAUAGUCGAACUUUCUCGUUGGAUAUCUGUCGAGUGGACUUGGGAAAAAGCGCGCAUUUCAUUAUUUCAUCAUCAUUAUCAAUUUUUCGUUGAAUAAUGAGCCCGAAAAAAAUUCCCACCAGAUUUCUGGUGACACAUUCUGAUCAUUUAAAUGAUAAUGAACUUAUUCUCAGAUUAGAGUCUACAUUUUCUAUUAAUGAUAAUGUCGAUAAAUUUGUAUGUAUUCUUCGGGAUUUUUGGAAAAAUUUAACAAUCGAACCCAAAGAAUUUGUCAAUAUAUAUGAUCCAAAAAUUGAAAAUAAUUCCACUCUUAUUAUUGAUAACCUAAAUGGCUUAAUAAUUGUUCGACCCGAUGUUCUAAUCCCGAUUACAACAUUAAUGGCGGCAAGUUUUUGCAUGCGAAAAGCGUGGCUUUCACGAAUGUUUGAAAUAAUUGGUGAACCAAAUAAAGCAUUACUAAUUGGUACAAUUGUACAUGAAAUUUUUCAGGAAUGUUUCCUUCAUCAGCAAUAUGAUGUUUCCCAAAUCGAGAACCUAUUUCUGAAAAUUAUUCCUAAUCAUACAUUAGAAUUGUAUGGUUUGAAUAUGACUCGUGAAGAUUUGAUGCAAGAAGUGAAACCAUAUAUACGUUCAAUUUCAAAUUGGUUUAAAAUUUAUGUUGGUAAUGAAUCGAAUAAUUAUAAAAAAUUAUUCUCCAUUCAGCGUUUACAUGACGUUGAAAAUACUAUCUGGUCAACCAAAUAUGGUUUUAUCGGUAAAAUUGAUUUAAGUCUUGAAGUAAUUAUUGAAGAUAAAAAUAAUAUGACAAAAUAUUCGAAUCUGAUUCCAUUGGAAUUAAAAACCGGUCGCCAUUCAUUUUCAUCAUCACAUAUGGGUCAAGUAAUUCUUUAUUCAUUCAUAAUGACUGAUAAAUAUGUUAAUUAUAAAUCAUCUGGUGGUUAUCUUCUUUACCUAAAAGAUGACGCAAAAACUGAACAUAUUCCAACCAAUCAUAAUGUAUUCCGUGAUUUAAUUUUAUUACGAAACAAAUUCGUCCGCUUCUACGAUAAAUUGGGCAUUAUCGAUGAAACAAACAAGAAAGAUUUAGUCAUGAAAGGUCCAGCAACAUUAAAUUCUGAACGAACUUGUCGCCGAUGUGAACAUAAUCUCGAUUGUUCAUUGAUUUAUCGAUGUUUCGAUCAAAGUCUUUUUGACAAUCCUAAUGAUUCACAUUUCUCCUCCACAAUUACAGCGCACCUUAAAGGUCGUGAAAUGGAAUUUUUUUCUAACAUGUUGGAAUUAUUGGAAAUUGAACGACAAUUUUGUAUGGCAUCAGAGGAAUUUGUUGAUUUCUGGAAUUUCCGUUCGGAGGAAUGUGAAAAAUUUGGUAUCGGUUUGAGUAAAAUGAAAAUUAAAUUCAAAGAUGAACGAACAAUCAUUUUUCAUCGCAAUCCAAAAGCGACGAUGUUAUCAUCAAAAUUGUUUUCCUUAAAUAAUGAUAUCAAAAUGAAUCUUACUUUAUUAGAAGGACGUCGUGCUGUCAUUAGCGAAGAGCUUAUCAAUUCGACAAAAACAUUUGAAAUUUAUGGAAAUUUUUGCCGUCAAUUAUGCAUUAUGAUUGGACAGAUUGAAUCAUUUUCGACUGAUACAACGGAGAUAAUUAUCAAAUUGGAAAAAGAUGCUUGCAUAAUGAAUCCUCAAGCUGUUUAUCGUAUUGAUUUUCUCAAAAACAUAAGUAAUCGUGCAAUGUUAAUCAAUUUUUCCAAUCUUCUUCGAUUAAUGUAUAGUGAAACUGAUGAUGCUAGAGCACGAGAACUUCGUGAAAUAAUUAUACAUGGUCGAAUACCGAAAUCAAAUAUGAAUGGUUAUAAAUUUGGUACCUAUAAUCAGCUAUACAAUUCACCAAUAUUAUCGGGAUUGAAUAUACAACAAAAACGUUGCAUUCUAGGCAUAUUAAAAACUAAAUGUUCUCUAAUAUUCGGAAGUCCAGGAUCGGGAAAAACUCAAACUAUUGUCUCUUUGAUUCAGAUUCUUGUGGAACAUGGAUAUUCCAUACUGGUCACUAGUUAUACACAUGUUGCCGUUGAUAAUAUUCUAAUGAAACUAGUGCGAUUUAAUGAUGAAAAUGAUAAGAAUGUUGAUUUUGUUCGAAUGGGACCGACAUUACGAAUCAAUCCACAAUUGUUGAAAUAUUCAGAUCAUGAUCGAACAAAAAAAUGGUUGGAAACAGAAAAUAUCACCGCAUUGAAUCAUUUUUAUUCAACUAUACCGGUCGUAGCAGCUACCUGUUUAGGUGUGUUCAAUCAUCCAUUGUUUCAGAAACGAACAUUCGAUUUUUGUAUUAUCGAUGAAGCAAGUCAAGUAUUUUUAUGUACGUCUUUGGGCCCAUUAUUUAAUUGUCAUAAUUUUGUAUUGGUUGGUGAUCAAAAACAAUUACCACCUGUUGUACAAAGCCCAUAUGCACGACAGAAUGGUCUAGAUGAAAGUCUGUUCUCACGAUUGUUGAACACAUCAGGUAAACAAGAUAUUGGUCAUUAUGAUGAUAAUAAUGAAUUAGAUGUUGAAAAAGAUAAUAAAUCUGAUCAAUCGAUUCGAAUCUUUCCAUUAUUUAUUCAAUAUCGUAUGAAUUCUGUGAUAAUGCAAGUGGCUAAUAAAUUAACAUAUGAUAAUCAAUUGAAAUGUGCUAAUAAACAAGUUGAAACAAUAUCAUUAUCAGAUUAUCUAUUGAUUAAUGACAAAUCUAAUCGCAUAAUUGAAGAACAUCGAUCAUCAUAUCUAUCUAAAAUAAUUAGUCCUGAUCUAAAUGAUUCUGUUAUAUUUAUCGAUACAAGCUCAAUUGAAUCGGCAUUUGAAACAUCCGAUGAUGAUAAUAGUGGUUGUAACAAUUUUUCUCAUCAACGAUCACUAUCAUUGAUUAUUAAUGAAAAUGAUUCAUCCACAACAAAUAAUGAUAAUACAAAAUGUAGUUUUGUCAUUAAUAAAUUCGAAGCUCGAUUGAUAUUACAUAUUGUUCGAACAUUAUUAAUGAUUUACAGUAAUAAUAAUAAUGAUAAAAAUGUUGCAAAUUUUAAUGUCGACAAUAUCGGUAUCAUUUCACCAUUUCGACGACAAGUGAAUAAAAUUCGUGAACUAUUUGGACAACAAUUUCUGGAACAAAAUCAUUUAGAAAUUAAUACUGUGGAUCAAUAUCAAGGUCGUGAUAAGGAUGUUAUCAUUUAUUCAUGUGUCAAAAGCUGUUCGUCCGGUGAAACAAUUAAUCCAAAUGAAACACAACCAAUUAUUGAUUCGGAAUUAUUAAAAGAUGAACGUCGUUUGAAUGUAGCUGUUACACGUGCUAAACGCAAAUUAAUCAUAAUUGGUAAUUGUCAAACAUUGAAACGUUAUCUACCAUUUCGUAAUCUGUUCAAUGUUCUUGAAUCAGAACAAUUUAUUCAAUUAAUUAAUUUUGAUUUUAAUGAUAUUGUUUAAUUUUUUUUUUAAUUUUGAAACAA